UCACUUGCAUAGUGUCAUUUAAUUAUCAACUUUGGAUUGUCGGUAUGUGCAAUGGAAAAGGAACUGGACCAAGAAAUAAUAAAAGCGACGCAGAACGCUCUUGGGAAAUAUGUAAAACGCCCACCAUUAAGUGAAAAGUUACUUAAGAAACCCCCUUUUAGAUUUCUUCAUGACAUUGUUACCUCGGUACUAAAAAGUACUGGUUUCUUCGAGGGGUUAUUCGAUGAAUCUGAACUAGUGUCUGAUAAUGUAAAAGAUCGUGAAACCAAGAUAUUAUUCUUAAAUAAAGUUAUUACAGUUGUGGGUCUAACAACAGGUCAACCUCUAUCAGUAAAACCGUCAAAAAUUGUUGCUGGUCAAGAAGCUGAUAAGACAAAUGAACUGUUACAAAGUAUAGCGUAUGCUCUAGAUAAUAAGCUAACGUCUCAUGAUGCAGUUAAAAAGUUUAAAGAUGGAACGACCAAGACGGAAAAAUCAGAGAAGAAAGGUAAAGAUACUACAAAAACAGUAAAGAAAAAUGAAGAAUCCAAGCUUACUUUGAAGAAAACAGAUAAUUCAAAAUCAAUACAAAAAGAUGUAAAUAAUGAAAAAUCUACAAAAGCAAAAAAUGAAAAAUCUGUUACCAAUUCUACCAAAAGUAAAACAACUAAAGUUGAAAAGGCCAAUGAUAAAUUAACAGUUAAAAAGGAAAGUCUCCCAAAACCAUCUAGUAAACAAGUAAAGGUAAAUAAACUAGGAAAAUCUAACAAAGAUGGAGUGGAUGGCAUUGACAAACAAAAUAGUAAUGAAAAUAGUAAAAAUAAAGUUGAUCAUGAAGAGUCUGAAACAAUAACAAAUAAGAUUGAACUAGAAAUUAGUGAAAAAAAUGGGGUAAUGGAAGAAGAUCUCAAUAAAGAAAGAGAAGGUGUAGAUGCCCCUCUUAAUUCUUCCUAUGUUAUAGCUGAGAAUGACAUCAACUCCUCAUUAUCUUCUCAAGAUUUGAUGGAACCUGACUUGAAAGCCGUUGAAAGCAAAGACAUUGCCAAUGAUAGUAAAAAACAAACUGACUAUAAUGACUCACAAGAACCGAAAGAAGCAGUCGACGCUAAUAGCUAUGAAGCGACAAGUAAGAAUUUAAAUGAUGAAUUGGUUCAAGAUCUAAAAGUAAAGCCUCAACCUAUUAAGCUAAUAAAAGAUGUUAAAAGCUCAAGCUUAGAUGAAGCGCCAAAUGUGAAACCUUCGGAGAAAUCUGGUGUCGUCAGUCGACCGCAGUCAGUGCGGCCGUCGUCGUCGCGACCGGGCGCGCCCAGACUCAGGGAAAAACAUGACUAUGUGUUAAAUGGAAACGAAAACCUUAUCGUGGGUAAAGUCAACAUCAUACAAGAAAAUAUGUCUAUAGAUGAGGAAGAUGAUUCUAGUAUAAUCAUAGUGGACCCGAAGGCAGAUGCAGCUCCGGAGGAAUCAUUGCAAAUGUCAUCAAACCAACAUGGACAUUUGGUGCAGCAGAUUUUGGAUUCUACCAAGGAAUUUUCACAGAGUACAGGGAAGACUGAAAUAGAAUGGCAAUUUGAUGCACUGAAAGCGAAGGAGGCGUCUAGUCAAGAGAUUGAACAGCUGAGGUUCAACAUACAAGCGCUGUCGAGGAUCGCGAACCCGCUGGGCAAGUUGCUGGACCACAUACAAGAGGACGUAGAGGUGAUGAGGCAGGAGCUGCAGCAGUGGACCAAGACUUACGAGGAUGCCGCUAAGGAAUUAUCCAAACAGAAAAUGGCCAAUGAAGAGUCACUUCAUCCACUACAUACAAGAGUAAAACAGUUGGACAUGGACAUUAAAGAGAAACAUGAGAAAAUCAAUGAUCUGAGGGUCAUUAUACACAAGAACACAACAAGGAUUAACAAGUUGAUAGCUAAUGGCAAUGUGCAAUAAUUAUUAUACUAUAAUGUAAACUAGGUAAUCACUAUUAAUUUCAUUUUACAAAAAUCUUGCAAUAUAUUUUUAUCCUAAGAAUUUA